UCUCUGGUGCUUCGUCGGUGAGGUUUGUGAAAGUUGCUGAGCUGAGGACCGUAAAAGCAGUUACGGGGCGUUCUUAGUGACAGCUUCUCGCCAGUGUUGGUGGGAGCUCAGAGCCUGUUAGAAUGAGAGCUGUGUGCGUUUCAGCGGUUCGAGACCAACUCAGUUUCUCUUUCAUUUAGCUUGGACUGGUUUGUAAACAUGGAGCAGCCAGCCAGUGUCAACUCAGAUCCUCUUCAGCGACUUGACGGUACCGGUCGUUGCGUACAAAUCCGCAACUGGAUUGGAUUUUGGCUCCUCGGUUUGUGCAACAACUUUGCUUAUGUGGUGAUGCUGAGCGCCGCACAUGACAUUCUCGAGAAACAAGAGUCACGAAAUGAAACGGCGUCUACUUCAGCCUCACUGCACGUGGACUUCCAAGUUGGGAACAGUAGCAACAGUAGCAUCUAUGACUGCAACCCUGUCUCUACUGCGGCUGUGCUGUUAGCUGACAUCCUACCAACACUCUUCAUCAAACUGUUCGCUCCCUUUGUGAUCCACAAAAUGCCUUAUGGCAUUCGAGUGUUGUUCUGUGCCAUCAUGGCAGCAACGAGUUUCCUCCUGGUGUCCUUCUCCUCAGCUGUGUGGAUGAGUAUUCUCGGAGUGAUCUUUGCCAGUAUCAGCUCAGGACUGGGAGAGUUGUCCUUCCUCUCUCUAACAGUAUAUUUCAGCAGGAGUGUACUGGAAGGCUGGGGCUCAGGCACUGGUGCUGCUGGUCUUAUUGGAGCCCUCCUUUACUCAGUCCUCAUCCAAGCUGGCCUUUCACCACGGGUUACACUGCUUAUCAUGCUGGUCGUCCCAUUCACUAUGGUGGUAAGCUAUUUCCUCCUGCUGGUUUGUCCACCUUCAUUACCUCAGUGGAGGACCAAGGACACUGAGUAUGCAGCUUUGGUCUCUGAGGACAGACAGCAACUUCUGGACAGUUCAGACGAGGAGGAGCCUGAGAGCUCCACCACAGCAGAGGACCAACCCACUGGGCCUCUCAGUUUCAGAGAGAGACUGUUUGUUAUCAGAGGCUUGUGGAGGUUUGUGCUUCCACUGGGAGUGGUCUACUUAACCGAGUAUUUCAUCAACCAGGGUUUGAUGGAACUCCUGUUCUUCCACAAUAUUUUCCUGACCCAUGCAGCUCAGUAUCGCUGGUAUCAGACUCUGUACCAGCUUGGUGUACUGCUCUCUCGAUCCUCUCUGCACUGUGUGAAGAUCAGGAAAGUGUGGAUUCUCAGUGUUCUGCAGACGCUGAACGCUGUGUUUCUUCUGUUUGCUGUACGUUACCUGUUCCUGCCCACUGUUUGGUUGGUGUUCACUUUUAUCCUCUAUGAGGGUCUGCUGGGUGGAGCAGCAUAUGUCAACACCUUCCACUUCAUCAGCAAGGAGACUGAAGACAGACACAGGGAGUUCUCCAUGGCUGCUGCCAGCAUUGGAGACAGCCUGGGCAUAACUGUGGCUGGACUCAUAUCUCUUCCUGUCCACACUUACUUCUGUUCAUUAUAACCAAGCCCACACACUGACCAGCACGAUGAGUAAGCAAAACGUGGGUGCGUUCGAUUUUUAAAUCCGAACUGGGUUAGAGACAAAAAGCAGACAUUACAUAAAAAUGUCAAUAUAAAGUCUUUGACUCCACAUCCUGUACUUGCUGCAUAUUUAUAGAUAACAGCAAGUGAACUAUAUAGAAAGUCCAGAGUCCACAAAAGUGUUUUUUACCUUCAGCCAGAGAUCAAAUAAUAUCAAUAACAUCCUACCUACGAUCACAGAAGGUAAACCUGAAACACAGAUCAAAAUAUUGUCUUGUUUUGAUGACCAGUUUCUUUGUGGUUUUCCUUCAUGAAAAACCUUCCAAUGGUUCACAGAACAAAAGCUUUCAAUGUGAAACAAGAUCGGGAUAUAUUUCAAUUUGACAUAAUGAAUAAAAAAUAUAUAAAUGCAAUACAUUUUAAAGUCACAGAAGAGGAGAUGUCAUUUCAGCAAGUUUACUGUGUUUUAAUUGUGGUAACUAAAGAGUCCUCUUUAAGUAUAAAGUAUCUCUGAGCUGUGACCAGGCAGCUAGUAUCGUGUAGGAAAUCCCUCCACACCAACCUUCAACGCUAAGAUUUACCUUAAAAUCUAAACUGUUAUUUUACUGACCUUCAUUUUAACAUUAACUCCUCAAACUGAACUCUGGGUUCAGAAACAGUUCUAUGAAUGACUACUCAGCUAGGAUGUGCCAUUACUAUUUUCAAACUAUUUUAAAAGUCAGAGAGCUCAGUCAUUGAAUGCUGCAAUUAAAUUUUUGGGAGGUGAAAUUAUAAAACUAUUGCUUUCAGGGGGCAAAUAAAGCUCAGUAGGUAGAGUGGUUGCCCCAUGAUCGGAAGGUUGGGGGUUUGAAUCUACUGAACAGCUACCCUGAGCAAGGUACUGCUCCCUGGGCACUAGAUUGGUGGCUGCCCACUGCUUCACUGAGUGAAUGGGUUAAAUGAGAGGAAUUUUCCCACGGUGAUCAAUAAAGUAUACAUUAUUAUUAUUAUUUGAAGAAACUGUGAGUAAAUAUAAUGCUGAAGCCUGACGGCUCUCACUAAGUGCCUUCUAUAAUAAGUAGUUCUAUAGUUAAGAGUUUAAUUCAUGUUAAUAAAUAGCAGAGAUUACUUUCGUAUUUCAGUUGUAGUCAAACGUUUGCAAACACUCAUCGUAGAAAUGAAUCUGAAAUUUGGGAUUUUCAUUAUUUUUUUGACAUGACUAUAGGUGACUUCAAUCUUACUGAAAGAUUGUGGACUAUGCUUAAAAUCCAGGUUGGUACCAGGAAACCAAGAGAAGAAUAAUGGUCAAAUAUAACGUCAGAAUCAUGCCUGAUUGAGGUGGAAAUUUUUCCAAAUUAACUUCAACCAUGUGCAUCCAAUUCUCAUUUUCAAAGUCUUUUGUUUUUGCAGAUGCUAUAAAAUCAUUCCUCUCUGGGAAGAAAACAAUUCAAAGAAAUGAUUAAAGUCCAAAAUUACCAUGACAUUCAUGUCCAUGAUGAGUGUAUGUAACAAAGCGAGCAAAAAUGUGAGUGUAUGUAACAAAGCGAGCAAAAAUGCCUUCUAUUAUAGUUUUUAAUACCAGGAGAUCAUUCGGAGCUUUAAAAUGCCACUUGUUUCAGAUUUGUACAAAAACAAUGUCACACACAGAUUUGUUUUUGUGAUGUUUAUCGUGUGCAACUUGACAUCAUUUUGCUUAGCUGUGGCUUGUCUGAUUCUAAUGAAAGACUGCUUGUUAAACUGUGGCACAGUUAGUCACUGCAGGUGGAGCACAGAACACCUGGGAAUGGCUGAGAUGUGAAACAAAGUUGAUUUUAAUAUUUUUGUUGUAAAAUAAAGAAAAUAGAGGUUGCUCAUGCCGUCAUGCUGACAUGUAUUUUACUAAAAUUCUUGGAAGCACUUUUGUUAUUUUUUUGUAACAUUGUGGGCUGUUGAAUUUGUUUUCUUUUCUUGGAAUGCAGUUUAUGUCCUUAAAUACUUGAUUCAUGUGUCCUGUUUUCUCCUGAACACUCAAACGCAGACCAACGGUCCUACUGACAUUCUAAUGACCACAUAAAGCUAAUGCUAAUGCUUAACUGGAAGAACCUUGUUACAACAUAAUAUUGUUUUUUAAUCUUCUGCUUGCUUCAAAUCAAAUUUUACAGGAAAUCAGAGAUGAGGUUCACUUUGACUUUGUUAGCUUGCCAGUUAGCUACAAACAUGUGGUUGUCCUUUCUUGCGCAGAGAGCCGUGACAUUUCUAAUUGUACCGAUUUUUUUCUUUGAUAUAAAGUGUAUGUGUCAUAAACUGGAA